AUCAACUUCAAACUAUUUCCAGUCACACUGUGUACUUUCUCCCUACCCUACUGACCCCCUCCUAUUCCAAUUCCGUCAAUCCGUAACUUAUUAAACUUCGAUAUCUGUGGCGUACACAACUGUGGCGUACACAACUGUGGCGCACCACCCAACCAACCAACAAUCGUGGUGCCACCCGCGCCGACACCAACUGACGGACCCCUGGGGUUGAGAAACCCCAGACGCGACACGGCGGCGGCGAUUAGAUCGCGCGAUGUGGCUCUAAGAAAUAUAGCUGUGGUGGUAUCACUCACUCCGGUUGAACUGCACAACAGCACAACACGACACGGGGGAUAGUAAUUGUUAGCUCUCUCCACCCUCUCUCCCUCACCUCCUCUUACGAGCGUACCUUCUCUUUUUCUCGAUCAUAACCACCAUCACCACCACCACCACCGAGGGAAUCUACAAGACACGCCAAACCAAACCUUUCCGCGACGACCAGAAUCGCACAGGUGCGCCGCCGCACAGCACGACACACACACACUCCAUUCCACAAGGCCGAAGGGAAAGGGAAGGACAGAAGAAGGGGCAAGGAUGCAUACCUCCAUAACGCGCGCGCAGAACGCGUUUGGGUUUUUCACGACCGUCGCAUUCGUCGUGGCGCUCUUCGUGGCGGGGAGUGAUUACCUCGUUGCUCGGACGCCGGGGGCGGAGGUUAAGGUUGGGAGUGGGGGGAUUAGGGUCACCAAGGGACGACCACACUAUUAUAGUACGAAGAAAGAAGAACACGCCAGCAUCCGGUUUGAUCUCUCGGCCGACCUCUCCAGUCUGUUCACGUGGAACACGAAACAAGUAUUCGUCUACGUGACCGCUGCGUGGAACGAGACGGCGGGCGGCGCGGUGGCGGCACCGAACGAGGCGGUCAUUUGGGAUACGAUCAUCACGAGCCCUAGCGCGGAUCAUUUGGCGAACCUAGGGAAGUUGGCGAAGCGGAAGCUAGUGGAGAGUGGGAGGGGGAAGAGCGUUGAUGCGGGACGAGGCAUCAUCAAGCUGCGCAACCAAAAACCAAAAUACCAAAUCACCGCCCCCACCGGCAGGGUCGCGCAGGCCCGCGGCGUCACCCUGCGCGUGCGCUACAACGUGCAGCCGUGGGUCGGCGCGCUGGCGUGGGAUACGGAGGGGGAGGUGGGGCUGUGGAAGCCGAUGAGGGGGGGGCAGAGUGGGGAGUUUGAUUUACCGGCUGUGAGGGAGAAGGGGGGGGAGAAGGUUUAG